AAACCCAUCUUUGAAAGGUAAAAUGUUUCAUCUUUGUUCACUCCAAGAAUGAACUUUUACGUUCUUUCGAAAACCCCCCUGAACCAACUUCACUUGCCAAAUUCCCGAUCAGGUAACUUCACUCUUAAUGAAGCUCUUUACUUUUUUUAUUACAGGAUUAAUUCCCAACUCAUUUCUCCAAUUGUAUCCUCACUAAGAAGAAGUUUGUUCAAUACUACACAAGCAAUUCAUCAAAAUGCUCAAAGACAUAAAAUCUGAAGACAACCCAGUCGAACAUUUUUGAUGAAUUGCUUUGUAAUAUUAAAAGUGUUUCUCAUGGUUUUGCCGUUUUUGGGGAGAUUUUGAAGAAAGGUUUUAAGCCCAAUUUCUCAAAAAUAAGAUUGUGGAGCCUUAACAGAUUUGUUUUAGUAAAUGGUUGCUUUUGGAUGUGUAAAACAGUGUUACCAUUAAGUUGCAUGAAGAAAUGGCUAGGGAAAUAAGGAAUCUGGUGUUAUUUGUAGGACAAAUAUUGUUACUUAUAAUAGUUUUAUUGAUGGUCUUUGUAAGGAUGAAUUCUUGAGAAGGCAAGACUAUUGUUUUUGGAAAUGAAGAGUUUAGGAAUUAGUCCAAAUGCAAUCACUUAUAAUACCGUAUUCAUGGCUUAUGUUGUCUGGGUGAUUGGGAAAAGGGUAAAAAUUUAUUCUUUGGGAUGAUGGAUCAAGGUGCGCGGCCUUGUGUGGUGAUGUUUAGUGUGGUCAUGGAUAAGCCUUGCAAGAAAGGGAAAUUGGAUGAAGCAAAUAGGUGGUUGGAACUGAUGAUCCAAACAGGUGCGGAUCCUGACAUUUAUACUUACAGCAUUUUAAUCAAGUGUAUUGCUUUGCAGGUAGAAUUGAGGAUGCAAGAGAGUUGUUUGCUUCUAUAACUGAAAAAGGGGUAUAAACUUGAUGUUAUUUGCUACAAUAGUUUAAUCAAUGUGUAUUGCAAGAAUAAAAAAUUCAAUGAAGCUCAUAGUCUUUAUCAGGCAUAGGCUUGAGAGGGAAGCUGCCUGCAGAUAUUCAGAAUCCACCUGAAUUAAGGACUUUAUUGCUAACCAGCUGCAGCUUCCAUGGCCUAAUUCCAGACACAUUAGGAUCUCUAACACAACUUGUCAAUUUAAAUUUGAAUUCGAAUAGCUUCAGUGGACCUAUACCAGCUUCCAUUGGUGAUCUUACCAAACUUGUUUUGCUGGAUUUGACUGAUAACCAGCUCAAUGGAACAAUGCCAGUCUUUAAUGAAACUUACCUAGAUUGGAUGGACUAGUUAAUGCAUUGCACUUUCAUUUUGGAAGAAAUCAGCUCACAGGACUACUCUUGCUUUCACUUUUCAGCUCAGAAAUGAGAUUGAUGCAUGUAUAUUUUCCUACAAUCAAUUGAUUGGCCCUUUGCCUAACCUCAACCUUAGCUAUGUGGACAUGAGCAAUAAUAGCUUUGAAGGGUCAACUAUUCCACCAAGAUGAAGUGUCUACCAAGAAUACACUCAUGAAUAGAUGAUCAUGGUGUAAAAGUGGUGCAAUAAUGUUUGUUAUCAGCAUGAGGAUAGCCAUGAAGUGAGAGAUCUUGGACAGUUUGUAAGAGAAGCAGCUUCAUCUGGAAAUAGACUUCAUAGCUACAAGGAAAGUUUAACCAGAAUCACGGGAGACAUUCCAUGGCAUAUGUUAGUUUCCUGUUAAGAAGUAUAUAAGCAAGAGAAGGAACAAGAAGAAUUGGUGUGAGGAUAAUGAUGAAUCGCACAAGUCUUUCAUUGUUUAACACAUCCAGAUCUAAUUUUCGUAGUAAUCUACUCAGUAUUUUCAUAGUACUCAGUAGCUGAAGUUUCCAUCUGGGUUUGUCGCAAGUUAUACGAAAAAUUCAUUUAUCUUCACCAAUUUAGCAGAAGAAAAAAGAAGAGAAGUUGUUUAAGUGUUUCACUCAAACUCAAAGUUAGUGCUUCAUCUUCAAGAUCGAUUGCAUCAAUCCAGUAAGAGAUAAAGGUUGAGAUAUGGCAGAGGCUACGGUGGAGUUUGCUAUAGAAACCUUGAGUUCCCUUGUCCAAGAAGUCAAGUUGCUGGGAAACGCAAGAGAAGAAGUUGAAAGCAUCAAAAGUGAAUUGGAAAGCAUAAGGUCGUGCCUUAGGGAUGCAGAUGCAAAGGCUGUAGCUGAAGAAGAAGGAAGAAAUAAUGAUAGUGUCAAAACAUGGGUAAAACAACUCAAGGAAGAAGCUUAUCAUAUUGAAGAUGUCCUAGAUGAGUACAUUUUGAAGAAGGCACAACUUUCUCAUGGCAGUGGCUUUCUUGGUGUUCUUUGUAAAAUAAGUCGUUUGGUAAAGAAACUGAAAUUGCACCACGAAGUUGCAACAGCUAUCCAAGAUAUCAAAUCGUCGCUUGAUGAUAUCAAACAAAGAAGACAAAACUUCAACUUCAGAGAUGAAGGAUCAAGUAGUGGUACAGGAGGUGUUAUACCACAUGACUCUCGAGUUGGCCCCAUAUUCAUUGAAGACUCAGAGAUUGUGGGCAUUGAAUCUUCUAAACAUAAAUUGAUUGAUUUAUUGGUGAAUGGAAAAUCAAAUCUCUCAAUGAUUGCGAUGGUAGGUGAAGGAGGAUUAGGCAAGACCACUCUUGCUGCGAAAAUUUAUGAUAAUGAUGUUGUGAAGAAGCAUUUUGACAGUCGGGCUUGGAUCACAAUUGGGAAAGAAUACAUGAAGAAAGAUCUAUUAAAGAAAAUUAAACAAGAAGUUCAUUGUCAAACGGGGUACCCUUCAGUAGAGAUAGAGGAUACGGAAGAGACGAAUCUGAUGACUGCAUUGAGAACGCUCUUAAAAGACAAGUGUUACAUGGUUGUGUUUGAUGACGUGUGGAAAGAUGAUUUCUGGGAAGAUGUUAAUUAUGCUUUGCUUGAUAAUAAAAAAGGCAGUAGGGUAAUGCUGACAACAAGAUACAUGACUAUUGCUCAUUCAGUUCCUUUUGUGAAUGUCCAUGAGCUUGAACAUUUGCCUUCAAAUAAGGCAUGGGAACUAUUUUGUAGAAAAGCGUUUGGCUUCAACAUGUCUUGUCCAACGGAGCUGGAGAAAUUGUCUCAUGAAAUCCUUGCAAAGUGUGGAGGUUUACCAUUGGCAAUUGUGGCUGUAGGUGGUAUUUUGUCAAAUAAGAACAAGGUUGUCUUUGAAUGGCAAAAGUUACUUGGUGGUUUAGGCUCAAAGUUAGGGAGCGAUCCCCAUCUGAGAAGUUGCAACAGAGUUUUAUCUGAAGGUUAUUAUGAUCUCCCUCACCAUCUGAAGUCAUGCCUCUUGUACUUUGCCUUGUUUCCACAAGGUUUUGAAAUUAAAUUUGGGAGGCUAAUACGCCUAUGGAUAGCUGAGGGUUUUGUCCAGUAUAGCAAAAACUACUCGCUUGAACAAGUUGCAGAAGAUUACUUGACAGAGCUAAUUGACAGAAGUUUGGUUCAAGUUUCAAGGAGAAAGGUUUCGGGACGAGGUAGAACAUGUAAAGUCCAUGAUCUAAUGCAUGAGAUCCUUCUCAAAAAGACUAACGAAUUGGGUUUCUAUCGAGACCUAAGUGAAGAAAACUUGAGUCAUAAAACUCGUCGUAUUUCAGUAAAUAAAGGUACUAAUGAUGCUCUAGAAAGAAUCAAGGAUUCAAAGAUUCGUUCUAUUUGUUUUUUCAAUGUAGACAAACUUCCUCGGUCUUUCAUGAGUACAGUUUUUGCCAAUUUCAAGCUUUUGAAAAUACUUGAUUUUGAAGAUUGUCCUGUGGAAUACCUUCCUGAUGGAGUGGGAAAGCUCUUUCAUUUGCACUACUUAAGUUUGAGAAGAACAAACAUAAAAGAAUUUCCCAAGUCUAUAGGCAUGCUUAUAAACUUAGAAACUCUAGAUUUGAAGUACUCUUUUGUGGUUGAGCUGCCGGUUGAGAUCAAGAAUCUAAAAAAAUUGCGCUGUCUAAUUUUAUAUCGUAGGGACGGAUUCAUUACCAAAAUACAUAAGGGUCUUGGGGUUUUAACAAACCUCAACAACCUAGAAGUUGUGAAAGCAAAUUUUAAAGUUCUUGAAGAGCUUAAGCAGUUAAGGCUGUUGAGGAGGCUGGGCAUUAAACUUGGAAAUAGAGAUUUGAAGGAUCUGUUUGUUAUUGUUGAGAAUAUGGAAAAUGUUGAAAGUUUGGCUGUAGAAUCUAAAUCUGAAGAAGAGAUUCUUGAUAUAUCAUCUGUGGCCUCUCCUCCAGAAUGUCUUCGAAGUUUGUUUUUAAAAGGGAAUAUUAAGAAGCUACCGUUCUGGAUUUUUGAACUUAAAAAACUAAUUAACAUAGAAUUGUUUUAUGCAGGAACAACUGAUAAUGAUCCCAUAAGUGCCCUUCAAGGCUUACCUAAUUUAUUGAGGCUCAUUAUCAAUAUGAGGUAUUGUGAUGAGAAAUUGCAUUUGAAAGAAGGUUGGUUUCCGAAGCUUGAAGCAUUGUAUCUUGAGAACUUUGGAGGAUUAAAAUGGAUGAUGAUAGACAAAGGUUCAAUGCCUAAUCUAAAAGAAUUUAGGAUUGGACCAUGCCCACUUUUGAAGGAGGUUCCAAUAGGAAUUGAGCAUCUAACAUAUCUUAAGAGACUUGUAUUUAUGAUGAUGUUGAAAGAGAUUUAUUGGAUGAUGAAAGGUGAGAACGGGGAGAAACUCACUAAACACAUUCCAGAAGUAUCGGUAAGUUGUAAAGAGGCAUUUGGAAAAGGUUUUUAUUACAACACUAGAUAUUUGUCAUCUCUGUCAUGUGAAGAUUUUCAGUAG